AUGCGCUCCAUCAAAGCGGCUUCCCUUGCCGCAGCCCUCUUCACAACCCUCUCAUCCACCUUCGCACUCCCCUCAUCAUCCAUUAUCGACCAACACCAGCUUGAAACUUCUAUACUCCAGACCCGUGCCGACAACAACAACCGCACCAUCACCCCUUCCUUUGACAUCACCAAAUGUCCUGGCUACCAAUUAGUCGGAGAACCCCAAAAGUCUCAGCAUGGAUUCACAGCUCAACUCUCGCUCGCUGGUGAUGCCUGUCAUGCUUACGGCGUCGAUAUCUCGAACUUGACGCUCAGUGUGGUGUAUGAGAAGAAACAUCAACUCCACGUUCAUAUAUACGAUACUGCUAAGCAGCAGUAUCAGCUUCCCAAUCGCCUCAUCUACGACAGGCCUUCGGAUAAUCCUGACGAGAUUCAGCAAGGUUCCACUGCAGAGGAAAGCGAUCUAGUUUUCCAUCAUACCGCAGAGAACGCUACCCAAUCCAGCAAUGGCAGUUGGGCCUUUUGGAUCCAACGCAAAUCCUCCGGCGAAGUGAUCUUUGAUACUCGCUCGCAAAACAUUCCCACCUACGAACAAGGCAUCAACAAUGUCUCGAGUGAUACAAAGAGGAAUUCGACUGCGAUGCCCAAACACGAGAUGGUGUUUGAGAACCAGUACCUCCAGCUCUCCUCCGCCCUGCCUGAAGGCGCCAAUGUUUAUGGGCUAGGAGAGUAUGUUACGGGUAGUUUCAGGAGGAAUCCGGACGAAACUCUGCAACCCUUCUUUACCUUGGAUGCGGGUACGCCGGUUGAUUCUAAUCAGUAUGGCUACCACCCAGUCUACACCGAGGCUAGGAAAGGAAAGGAUGCCAAGUUGAGCACUCAUACUGUUUAUCUCCAGAACACCGCCGGAAUGGAUGUGUUGUUGCGAAGGGGAGUGAUUCAGUAUCGUGCCAUCGGCGGAACUCUUGAUUUCCGAUUCUUCUCCGGCGACUCCUCCAGCGACGAGGGAAAGAACAGUCCCAACACCGCCAUUCAACAAUACGUAAACUUUAUCGGCAACCCGGUCAUCCAUCCCUAUUGGUCUUAUGGCUUCCACCUCUGUCGAUGGGGCUACACUAACGUUUCUUCCACCCAAGCCAUCAUUGACUCGAUGCGAGCCGCAAACAUUCCGCUCGAAGUGCAGUGGAACGAUAUCGACUAUAUGCAAGAGUUCCGCGAUUUCACCACCGAUCCUUACCGUUUCCCGCCCACCGAAUUUGCUGCUAUGAUUUCCAAGCUGAGGCAGAAUCAUCAGCAUUAUAUUCCGAUUAUCGAUAUGGCUAUUCCCAAAGCUCCCACUAAUUCUUCGGAUGUGUACUAUCCGGGUACGAGGGGGGACGAGCUGAACGUGUUCAUGAGGAACAGGAAUGGAAGCGAGUAUAUUGGAGAGGUUUGGCCAGGAUAUACGAGUUUUGUAGAUCAACAGGCCGAGAAUGCGCAAAAGUGGUGGACUGAGGCGAUUGGGAAUUUCAGUAAGGUGGUUGACUUUUCGGGCAUCUGGUUGGAUAUGAAUGAGCCCAGUAGUUUUGUUAUUGGCAAUGCUGCGGGUCCGGAGACGAACUUGAGUGAUACUCCUGCUUAUACGCCUGCGACUAGCGUUGCUGGGUGGCCUCAGGGGUACAACAACCAGACUUGGGGCAACUCUGGUAACCUUAUUAUCAAUGGUACUUACACUUACCGUGAUGGACCGGUGCAGAACAACGAUGAUUCGCAGCAACAACGUCGUUCUCUCCUCCCCACCUUCUCGCCAGAAAAGGAUGUAGUCCCGGCUAAGCGACAGCAGGACGAUGGAGCCGACAAGUAUGGACCCAACGACCCCAACUACCAAUACUCGAACAGCUCGCAACGCUACCUUACCAACCCACCCUACGCAAUGCACAAUGGAAUCCACAUCUCCGAAACCCCGCUCAACAUCAACCUUGACAAGAAAACCGUUUCCAUGUCUGCCGUCUCCUCCAACUCCUCCAACUCUUUCUAUGACGUACACAAUCUCGAUGGAACACUUUCCGAACAGCAUUUCUACAACGCACUUCGUUCGAUCCGACCUGAUGAACGACCGUUCCUCAUCUCUCGUUCAACUUACCCUGGUGCUGGUAAGUUCACCGGUCAUUGGCUCGGGGACAACUAUGCGCUAUACAACAUCCUCCCUGCAAAAGAAGCGUACAAAGCAGGAGCGGGCAUGGCACAGAGCAUUGACGGAGUACUACAGUUCCAAAUCUUCGGAAUCCACAUGAUCGGUGCCGACAUCUGCGGGUUUAACAGGAAUACGGAUGAAGAGUUGUGCAAUAGAUGGAUGAUGUUGGGUGCUUUCUUGCCGUUCAUGCGCAACCACAACACUAUCGGUGCUAUCGCUCAGGAGCCGUUUAGGUGGGAUAGUGUGGCGAAUGCUAGUAGGAUUGCGAUUGGGAAAAGGUACGAGAUUCUUCCCACGCUGUACAGCCAUAUGGCGAAGAGCGCUGAGAGUGGUGAACCGGCGGUUAGGGCUAUUUGGUACGAAUUCGAAGAGGUGUUUGAGGAGACCAAGGAUUAUGCUCAUCAGUUUAUGUUUGGUGAUAACCUCCUAGUGUCCCCCGUACUGGAGCCUAAUGUGACCGAGGUCAAGGCUUUGUUCCCUGACGCAGGGGGUAAAUGGAGGAACAUCUUCAGCUACGAGUCCCUGGAGGUGGAGUACAACAAGAAUGUUUCGGUGCCAGCUCCUCUCAGCACGAUCAACGUACAUCUUCGACCGGGACGCGCGCUUCUUACUCACUCUCAACCCGCAUACACCGUUUACGAGACCGCUCAGAGCCCCUACGGAUUAGUCGUAAACCUGAAUAACGACGGAAAAGCGAAGCAAUGCUUCUAUCUGGACGACGGAGCAACCCCAGCUCCUGCCCCCAACUCUACCUUGACGGUGACGGCAGAGAGUGGAAAACUGGACGUUAAGCUGCAGGGAGACUUCAACCCAAGCCAGAAGCUCGGUUACGUUGUUGUGCUGGAUGUCAAACAGAAGCCCAACGCUGUGACUUUCGCAGGAAACAACAACACCCAGUUCAGCUGGGACCAAGGAAAGCAGUUGCUCAACGUUACCGGAUUGCAUAGCCAUCUGAGCUCCCAGUGGAGUUUGCAGUGGUCGUCGUAG